AUGCAUAGAGUCAGAUUUAAACAAGACAGCUUGCUGAACCGUAGAUACACGGCUAUGAUCAACUUGAAAGGCUGGCAAAAUUCAGACCUAUUGAGAUUUGGCCGGGCAAUCCACACAGGGGUGGAAUAUUUGAAGCCAAUUGAUGGAAUCAACGAGAAUGCGAAGCUCCAGAACCCUUUGACAGACUUAGAGCUGUGUAAAGAGAAGAUAGGAUCCGAGAUACACGACGGUGAUUUCAAAAAACUCGGAAUACCUCAGGUUCUAUUUCUUUCCAAAAGGGCAACUUCACCAGCUGACCAUCCGCCUGGGGGGAAGGGAAAAAAGAUAGCAAACUCAGAUAGCAGUCAAGGGUCUUGUUCGAGUGACGAUCAAGGGAAUGAAAUCCAAGAAGAAACGGACGAACAAGAUCUUCCAAAAGAGCCUGAAUCCGAGCCUAGAGAAGGAAUAUUCGUUCCUGAAUGGGUUUUCAAUGACAUUAGUUCAUCCGCAAUGGCUAUAUCAGAAAUGGGAUUGUCUGAGGUUAUGCAAAAAACACUCAAGAAACUCAGAAAUCUUCAAAGUAAAGGGCCGGAAGUACUGAUGGAAGAUGUGCUCGUAAAGCGAUUGGAAACAGCUCAUGAGGAGAACUUCCCCUCGAAUAUGAAAAUUAUGAAAAUUGCAGAUGAAAUCGAAGAGCGAUUCGAAACAUGCAGGAAAGAGAAGAAGAAGGAGAAGAAUAAGGGGGAAGCUAACAAAGACGAGAUAAGUCGGCACUUGGAUGAUUUGAACAAAAUGCUCAUGGAGAUUACCGCACAGCGACUUGAGCUUGCAGAAAAAUUGACAUCUUCAAUGGGAAACAUUCCACAAUCGUUGGUAGAAGAAGAAGUCAGAACGACAACUAUCCAAACAUUGGAGGAAUGCAUCUCUGGGGAAAUGGUUUCAAAAGGCCCUGAAAUUAACCCAAAGAUUAUUUUUGAGGUCAUCAAAGACGCUCAUCUUCACCAUAUUCAGUUGGUCCGUGACACUGAGUAUUAUCGAGGGUUGACGGACGGGCAGAGUAUACAGAUCAAUGAAAACUGCUCGAACUUUGAGGGUCAUGAGGCCAUAAUAGGUAGCCAAGUCGAACAGUCUCCAGUCCCUGAGAUCGUUCCGCCGUUCUGCAAUAGUGAUAUGGGCAUUUCUUUAAUAGAUGUGGAAGGGGAGGUCGACGAUUCCUUCUUCGAUGGUCUUAUGAGUGGUUCAGCAAAGGAAGAGUGUGAUAUCGAGGAUUCGUGUGUACAUGAACCAGGGCCACAAAAAACGCUUCAGCAAAAUACAAAACUCAAUCAUACCUUUUUCGAUGAUCUUACAAGUAGCUCAACAGGAAAAGAUGAUAAUAUAGAGGAUUCGUGUGUACAUGAAAUAGAGCAACCAAAAACAAUUCAACAAAACACAGAAAGAGAACUCGACCAUACUUGA